CCAUCUUGUCCUCUCACCCUAUCUUGAAACGUGAAGCUCAUCGCAUUGAACUAUCUUCUCCAUACCUCCAUCGUGCUCCGAGCUUUCGAUUCCUCUCGAUCUUCCGAACGUGUGCCAGAUCACACCCUCGCAUAGACCCGCCACUCGUCAUGCAAUCCGUCGAAGCUGCCCUCAACGACGCGCGGGCCAUCGCCAAUGCUCGAUUACACCGUACACCCUUCGUGCCAGCUGACCAGGACUCAGUCAUCAUGCGAGAUAUGGCUCAAAAACUGCGCGAUCUGGGCGACGAGAUAGACGUCCAGAUUCAAAAACUCAAGGGGCAAAGAAGCGCUGUAAAUGCUCAGCUGGAGAUGCACGACGCCCUCCUUUCCCCGCAUCGUCGUCUCCCUCCCGAGAUAUGGUCCGAAAUCUUCUUCCUCGCUCUCCCCGACGAUUGGGAACACAGAUCUGCUAGUCGACGAGUGCUCCACUCUGCGCGCGUGUGCGUGAUGUGGCGCAGCAUCGCACUGAGUACGCCGCGUCUUUGGACGACAUUGGUUUUCGACACUACUAAAAGUCCGCUCGCAAAGCAUGUGAAUAGCGUAGCCCAAGUGCUGGAUCGCACCGCCCAGGCCUCUCUGGAUCUUACCGUCAGCAUGGCCAUACCAUUCACGUCUUCCGCUAGACCACAGAAAUACUGGAGCAACGACGCCUGGUCAAUUCUGUGUUCGCAAUCCCAUCGGUGGAGCCGGUUGUCUCUGGACAGCAUACCCUUCGAGGCGUACCUGUCUCUUGCAUCGCAUUCAUUCCCUUUGCUGCGCUCGCUUUCCAUAGCCUUAGACCACUGCGACGACAACGAUCCAGCUGCAGAGGUCCCAUUGGACGUCUUCCGGAAUGCCCAGGGCGUUCAGGCUCUCCAUGUUCGCUAUUACACGGAACCACCCACAUUGGUGCUGCCCCCAUCAUGGACCAUUACCGAAUUCACCAUCACCUGUGGCGACUACCCUGGAGAUGGAAAGGAGCCUUCUGUGCAGCCGUGUAUGGGGGCUUUGGUGGCAUGUAGCGGGACACUGCGCAAGCUCACGAUUUCUGCGGACUGCGUCGGAACAUUGCCUAAUUCGCUCAUGACCUUCCCAGUCCUGGAGAACUUGCGCCUCGAUGGUGACGACGUCUCAGUCUGCAGCGCAAUCUCUGCGCCUCGGCUGAGAGUCGUGACUUUAGCGAGCGAUGGCCUGGUAGAAUUCACCCCCGAUGUGCUGCAGAGUCUUGAGACCUUGUCACGUAACUCGUUGGGAUGCAAGGCUCUGCGAUCCCUUGCUCUGCUGAACAUCAUGGGCUUGGACCCCUCGGCAUUUGUCGCGUGCUUGCACCAUUUCCCGCAGCUCACGGAGCUCAAGCUAUCGCAUCCCGAGGACACCGAGAUAGACGAUGAUUCGCCAUUGUCAUUCGAGAUGCUGGUGACGCUCUCGCGGGAUAACGGAGAAUAUGACAGCCUCACCUUCCUUCCCAACCUCCAGCAUCUGCACCUCAUCUUCAACGGUAUGGUGUACAUCGACGACGUGGAUUCCGAUUUUGGAGAGUUGAUUUGGGAGAUUGUCAGAUCAAGGGAACACCCACGGGUAGUGGAAGGAGCAGCUCUGGGUCGCCUCGAAAAGCUCAUUACUGAUGUUGGAACACUGUCAUACCCAUGACGUCCGUCUAACUGAUUUUGUCCGAUGAAUUUGAUGAAUGUAUCUACUGGUAAUCGCAAUAUAUGUGUGCGUUGGGACUCUUGAG